AUGGUGGGAAUGGCUACAAACACUGGUGGUCGGUGUGAUGAAAAAAGAACAUUACCAUGGGAUAAAUUACCAAAAAUCAUAGACAAUGAUGGAAUAAGCUCUGACGAAGAAGAAAUCUUCCCGGAGGAUGAUUACGACCUCAUAAAAUCAAACAGCGAUCCUUACAUUCAUUUUCGGAGACUAGGUUACUGUGCUCUUGACAGUAACGAAAGAGCAAACUACAAGGCUCGGGAAUUGAAGUCCAUAAGACUUGAUACCGAAGGCGAAUACAUACGGUUGGUUGCUCGUCGUUGUCACCCGAAUCAUCUUAACCAAUAUAAUCAGGUCGGUAUUGUGGGAAUAACAGUCAUGGGAGAACCUGUCAGUUAUUUGCUCGCAGGAGAAAGUCAAAAGAUUCCGAUAGAGCAUGUUGACGAGGGCGUGUCUCGCGUGGCAUCUCCCGAUGUGUUUAUCGUUCCAGUCAUUCAAGAUAAUUAUUGGAUGAUGAACAACAAUCCCAGCAACGUCCCCUCAAUUCAUUCCGUCCUUACAAGUUCACCAUCUCCUACAGUAAAUAAUACUUCAACUCCGUCAUCCCAAUCACCGAAAAAAAUCACCAACCCUAUUAACUCUAAUGACUUCUUGAUGAACGAAGAUGGGACAGCACAGUUGCUAGCUGCGUUCGGCAGAGCAAAGGCAAAUGCAGUGAAAGUGGAAGAUUUUCACCUGGCUAAGGUUUUAAAAUACGCGAUCGAGCUUGUCACCAAGGCUGUCGAGGACGCGAUUAGACUUGAUCUCAUGAAGAAACAGGCAGUCGAAGAAGAGGAUUUUGAUAAUGCUGAAAAAUACAAGGCAAUUAUUUACAUUAUUUCCUCUCACAUUCGUGAUGUUGAAGCAUUGAGGGACGAUAUCCGUAACGCCCUUCUCGACGAAGGCUUGGAUUUGGAUGAUUCAGGAGAGGUGAUUGUUUAUGACCCACAAUUGGCAGAUAUAAUAGGAUUGGCGGAUGAUGUUACCGAGGAAACGCCCGCUCCAAAAAGCCGACCAAACAGCAAUGCUUCCGCAAAUCGGGCAAACCUUCCAAAGAGUCGAUCGAGCAGCGACGCGAACAGAUAUCAACCGAUGACACCGAUGACCCCAAGUCAAUGGGUUCCUUCGGCGGACGAAAGGCCCCUACCGGCAUUGUCCAAUUCAAAUUCCUGUCCAAUCUCUAAUAUUGCACCCACCGUUUCAUUAGAUGAUGGCCCCGAAGAGCUAUCUGAUCUAGCUCGGGUUGCAUUCUCCCUGUCCAUUCAAUAUUUUGGGGAAUACGUCGUUGCCUGUUUGUUAUCAAAAAAAUUCCUGUUACGGGACUCAGCAUUGGUUGACGUGACCAAGAGAGUUGACGUUAACUACGGCGACGGAAAGGAUGUAGAGGGUAUCGACAAAUUGGCCUUGAUCAAAGCUACUUUCCAAAUUAUACAAGAAGCUAUGAAUGACUGUCGAGAGAAACUUACGUUGGCAACAUUGUCACUAUGGGAGACACUAACAGAUUUCUGCAAUUACCAUCAAGUGCCAACAUCAAAUACCUGGAAAUUGGUGGAACAAAACUACGAUUUGUUGUUUAGCAAGAUAUCGGAUUCAAACUCGCGUAUAAAACAAAGCGCAACCAAUUUCUUCUGCUACCUCGCCAAGACAUACCGAAAUCCAAAUCAUUCGAUCCUCUCGUUGGCCCUCAAACCUGCAAAGACUUCAAGUCAACCGCUUAAGACAGCAAAGGCCAAGGUCGAACUUGUCUCUAAAUUGAUCGAAGAAUUUGGCAUUUCCGUAAAUCAAAAGAGCAAGAUUGAUAGGGAAGGUGGACUUUCUCUUGAGGCCGUUAUGCAAUUAUCCGUUUCUUAUCUUAACAACAACAAUGGAGAUGUUCGUGACUCCGCUGUGAAGCUAGUAGUUGAAGUUGUUAAGCGUGUCGGUAGAGAAAAAGUUGAAAGAUUUAUUUCCGACAUAAAACCUUUACUCUUGGAGAAUAUCUGGAACCUAGUCACUGAAUAUGAGGAGGCAACGGGUAAAGUUGCAGGACAAGUACCCUCACCGCCACAUUCUCCAAAGAUUACAGCCAAAGGUCUUACGGAGGAAGAGAAACAAGCUCUGAAAGAUUUUGAUGUGGACGAAUCUUUGCUCAAGGCCCCAUUGGCAAAGCGUGGAACAGUAACUCGCAUUGAGCAACAAUUGAUGGAACUGCGCUCAUUGGCCAACAAUACAAAUUGCAUCAUCAAAGAUGAUUACGAUACAUACAUAGCCAAUACGACGAAAACCAUGCUUAUACAUGAUGAUCACGAGGCCGAGGUUGAGGAAAUUGAGAAAGCUGAAGAACCUGAACCGAAAAAUCCUCUACCGUCAAAGUCUCAACCAACGAAGGCGACGUCCGCUUCACGUGGAAGUAAAUCAGCUGCUCCAGCGGGCAAAUCAGUAAAGAAGUUGAAAGGUGAUGGUCAAAAAGUCACCGCGGCAAAAGCAUCCAAAAUUACGCCUGCGAGAAAGGGAUCGUCCGAGAGUGUUCGAAAGAAUUCGGCAAUUUCAGAAACUGUCGAUGAACCUGAAGAAAUAUCAGCUAGUAAUGAGGCCAAAGGAGACAGGUGCUGUAUCUUCUGUGACGAACAAAAUGACAGAUUCACCGAGGAUAAUCUGGUCACACAUUACUGGAAUGACUGUCCGGUGUUGACCAAAUGCCGCCUGUGUCAUAUCAUCCUUGAAAUUUCAACGCUCGACGAUCACAUGUUGACCGACUGCGACAAGAGCAGGUUUGUAAAGCAAUGCCCUCGUUGUCGAGAAGUCAUUGAUGCCGACGAUUAUCUAGAACACACUGCGAAACAAACGUGUUUGGUGAUAAGAGACGAUAUAGUUCGAUGUCCACUUUGUAAAACGGUGGUUAAACCGGCAACAGAAGCCGGAUGGAAGGCACAUCUGCUGGAUGCUAAUGGAUGUCCGAAAAAUCGCAGAAAGGAUAAUCACAGGUCGAACGCCCCUUCUAUGGUUAAAGAGAUGGAACACGCGGCCGCGGCAAAUUCAAAACGAGGGGAAAAGCGGCCAUCAGCUAAGGUUGAUACACCGAAAGCAUUAUCGACAGCUUCGAAGACCUCUUCAAGUCGAACCAAGCCUACUGCCUCAAGUGGAAAGGAUAAAGUUAAAAAGGCAACAACAACUAAAACCUUAAAG